AUGAAAAGAUUAAAAGAAAGUUUAAUUGAAUUUAUUGAAAAAGGUAAAGACAGUUACAUUGAAUAUUUAAAAAUGAAAGUAAGAUCAUUAAAAAAUGAAAGUCAUUCAAAAUCUCAAGAUGAUACACAUCCAAAUCCAUCAAUGACAAAUAUUACUUAUGUUCAACCAGCAAUAUCAGUAGCAACUUCACCCAGGUAUCAGGAAGAAGAAUUUGACCUAUUACAAUAUUAAAAUGUAGGCUUUUAAUUAAUGUAUUUGUGUAUAAUAUUAUGUUACUUUAUUUUAAAGUCAGCACCAGUAUUUUAUUUUAUCAUUUUCAAUGUAAUUCUCUUUGAAUGUUAAAAUAUAUAUAUGUUGAAUAUUUAAGUUUAUUGGAAAAAAU